AUGGAUGGAGGUCACGGUAAGACGGUGUCCAACUGCAAAAUUUGCAACCGUCCUGACUCGGCGGAUGCCCAGAUGGUUGCCUGCGACAAGUGCCAGUUGUGGGAACACUUCACGUGUGCGGGCGUUGAUGAAACCGUCAAGGAUCGGCAGUAUGUAUGCAAUGAUUGCAUAGCCAAGGUGAGUGCCGAUAAAUCUAAGCGCGGGAAACAGCUGAAAGCUGACAAUCGGUCCGCCAAAUCCGGUGGAAGAUCAGCUUCGAGGAAAGGCUCGAAGAUUCCUUCGAUCCCAGCGAGCCAAACUUCCAGUGCUCGGGCAGCCGCCCUGGAGGCCCAAAUGAAGGUCAUCGAGGAAGAGAAGGAGAUGAAGGAACAGGAGCUGAAGGAGCAGGAAGAGCUGAAGAGAAUGGAACUGGAAGAAGAACAGCGUCAGAUCGAGGAGAAGAAGCAACUGAUAGAAGAAGAACGACGUCUCCGCCAGCGAAAGCUGGACGAACAACGGGCGUUGCUGGCGAAACAGCAAUUGAUUCGGAGGGAAUCGGUCGAGAAGAAGAAUGAGCUAAUCAAGCGGAUGUCGGAGGCCGGAAGCGGAUACGGCAGCAGUACGAGCUCACUUCCAGAUUCACGAGAGAAGGUGAAGAGUUGGCUAGCAGGUCAACAUACCGAUGGAAGAUCUUCGGGGAAGAUGGUGGAGGAACAAAAAGCAAAUAGUGGCCUUCACCCGACAGUUUCUCAAGACCCGUUGGCAUACCAGCUACCAACAUCGCAAUCCAGGGUUGCACAAAUCACCUCGCAAAUGGCUCGUGGUAUGCAGGUGGGAAGCUUGUCCCAAACGCUACAGCAAGCUCGGUCAGAAAUUGUCGUGCAACCGUUCCAACGAUACGUAGCGAACUCCCAGCCUCACAUACAACCGAUGCUGCGUACUAAUCAGGCUGUGCACCGCCAGCUUUCCGCGCAGCAGCAGCUGUGUUAUCCAUACGUACAGCAGCAACUACGCCAUCCGCACAGCGGCGGCCCUGUCAACCAAGAUGCGGCCCAUAGUACUGUUACCGUUGGGGAACAAAAUCCUUUAUUGAGACGAGCCCCAGCCAACAGUAGAACCCCAGCCCUUGACGAGUUCCCGAGAUAUCUGCCCGUAGUUACCCCGAGUACGACCAACCAAGCGUGGAUGUGCUCCGAGGAGCAGUCGCAAGUCAUCCUAACCUCGGCUUCGUCCCUACAGCAGUUCCAGCCGGCCGGCCCACCAAACACCUACACACACCCACAUAAUAAGCGGGAGUAA